UGCGCCCUACUCUCAAGGCGCUUUGCCCUGAACCAACAUGGCUGCGCCCAGGCAGUCCCUGCCGCUCCCUUGAGUUAUACGAAGCAGCUCGCCCAGACGGCUUUCCCGGAGGUCACCGGCGCGAUGGCGCUGCGGGCGCGGGGCCGGGACCUCUUGGCUCUAUGCAGGAAGCCCGGGUUUCGGUGGGUGCCCCUCACCACCAGCCCUAACCUGGCCCCCGAGGGGGACACGAAGGAAAAUGAGGCGAUCGCGCCAGAAUUCACCAAUCGGAACCCCCGCAAUCUGGAGCGCCUGGCCCUGGCCAGGAAGGAGCGGGGCUGGGCCACCGUGUGGCCCUCCCGGGCCUACUGGCACAGGUUGAGAGUUCAGCGGACCCAGCACCACAUAGAAGCAUUUGUUGAGCAUCAUAAUGGCAAUGUUGUGGUUUCUGCAUCCACCCGUGAAUGGGCUAUUAAGAAGCACCUCUACAGAACAAGAAGUGUCAAUGCCUGUGAGAAUAUUGGAAGGGUUCUGGCCCAGCGGUGCCUGGAGGCAGGAAUCAACUUCAUGGUCUUUCACCCCACGCCUUGGGAAUCAUCUUCAGAAUCGAUACAGCAACUACAGAAUGCUAUGAAAGAAGGUGGGGUGGUGCUACAGGAACCUCGAAGAAUCUAUGAAUAAAAGAGAAAUUUAAUUUCUUUUGGACUUUUAAUUUAAAAAGUCAGCUGAUACCCUUUUAUCAAGAGAUGGAUAAUCAUCUUGGUAUUUUACAGCAUAAUAAAUGUGAAACUUUUGUAAUGGCUUUUUCUUUUGUGACUAUUUCAUUUGAAUUAAAUCCAGCUCCCCUCUGAAUCUAAUUUUAGUUGUCUUUUGUUUUGUUUUGUUUUUAGUGAGGCAGUUGGGGUUAAGUGACUUGCCCAGGGUCACACAGCUAGUAAGUGUCAAGUGUCUUGAGGCCGGAUUUGAACUCAGGUACUCCUGACUCCAGGGCCGGUGCUCUAUCCACUGGGACGCCUAGCUGCCCAUUUUAGUUAUUUUUUAGACACAUUCUUUUUUAAGCAUGGGAUAUGUCUGAUUUUAAAUUGUGAGUUAAAUGCUGUAAUUCAGAGAUUUAA